ACCGCUUAUCAGAGUAAAGUUAGCGGGACUUAAAUUAUCAUCUGAAAAACAGACUUACUGAAUGUAUAGCUUAUUUAUUUAUUUAACAUAAUGCGAGCUACUGUAAAUAUAAAUGUUGUAAAUAGCAUGCAAGUUCACUAGAACAUAAAAAAUUAAACGAGGCAUUUGCGAUACAUUCCUUAAUUUAAUAUUCAUAUUUGUAAAGGGCAACAUAAAUUCGUUGUUGUUGAAAUACGAAGGGAUAUGAGUAAUUAAAAUGGUUAAAAUUGUAAUAAGCAUAUUGCAUACAUUCAGUACAUUAAUUUGCAGGAAAAACAUAAUAAUUGCAAUAAUUUUCAGGAAGGAGGAGGCAAUUCCUGUUUAAAAACAUAGAUGAGAGCUAAAGUCAUGAUGGGCUACGCGAAAAGAUGUAUUCCAAUGCAGGUCCUACCUAUACUUGUGCAAAUUGAAAAUAAAGCGUCAUUUUUUGUUUAUUUCUUUACAUGAAAUAAAGUGUACUCAUUAAAUGCAGAGGACACAUUUUGUUGUUGUGGACUGUGUGCUGUGGUGUGUCAACAAUGACCACUGAUCACCGAAUUUUAAAUUAUAAAAUUUGUGUCGCUUUGACUUCUGAAAGCCGUUGCCUAGCAACAACAGACACCAAACAUGGCAGAAGAGAGGGAUAGCGCAGAAGCCCUAGUGUCUGAAAUCCACAAAAAAAUCACCGACGCCUUUGAAGUCUUUGAUCAUGAGUUUAACAAGACAGUUGACAUCAGAGAAAUUGGUACGAUUAUACGGUCACUGGGAUGCUUUCCUUCGGAGGGGGAAUUGCAUGAUAUAAUUGCGGAGGUUGAGGAAGAGGAGCCCACUGGCUAUAUACACUUCGAGAAGUUUCUCCCAGUGAUGACAAAGGUUUUAAUGGAACGCAAGUUUUGUCCCAUCCCUGAACAUCUUCUCAUGCAAGCCUUUGAGGUUUUGGAUCAGCAAAAGAAAGGCUUCUUGGAACCUGAGGAACUUAAAAAACAUCUAACUCAAGAAGGAGAGCCCUUCACCCGGGAGGAGAUGGAGGAAAUGUUUUCUGCUGCCCUGGAUCCUGACAAAAACGUUAUAUUCUACAAAGACUUUGUUAGCAUGAUGACUAUUGAGGAAACAUAGCUACAGAUUCUUCACUCUUAUUGUGCAACAACAGCAGCGGAUGACGAGGAACGCAUGCAUGUCUCCUGAGAAAGCAGAAAUACAAUUUUUAACCGACACAACACGCCUUUCGAUUUAUGUCCAUUCAGAAAACAGGUUUUUACCACAUUGUUGGGUACAUUUGGUCCCCACAAUGUAGUAUAAACAUAAUCCACACACAUACAGUGCUUGAAGCGGGCCGGUACCUUUUUGUUUUUCUCUAACUUCAAUGUUGUACCGGGGAAGUUUUUUUUUGCAUAUUAGCACCUCUCAUAUUCUAUCGGUAGUGAAGCGAGUGAAAAGGGCACUUGUUUUUUUCACACUUCAAGCACCGACCUAACUCUGUGUGUGUGUGUGUAUCCCCAGACAAAUAUCUGCACAGCAUAACAUAUUUUCACUACUGAACUGAUUUAAACUUAAGUUAAUUUGGUCCACAUGAUCAACAUCACUUUUCCCAGGCAGAUCCAGGACUUCCACGCCGUAGGGGUAGAGAUUACUGUGAAAGCAUGCAGCUGUUUGUAAAGUACAAGAUAUGGUAUUUACAGCACCAGGACAAGUGCGAGUGGUUCAAGCAAAAUGCCUAUUAAAAAUCUACUAUAACAA